CACUUUUCUGUUAUCAUGGGUUGUUUUACAGCUGUCAAAAUGCAAUAAUGGGGAAGUUUUGUGAUUUAAAAGUAUUGUUUUUGGACGUUUUUAACAUAAACGUGAUGGAUUAGUUGUUAAAAUAUGGGUGCGAAUAUAUCCCAACUGGAACGAGAUAUCGGCUCUGAACAGUUUCCUUCCAAUGAACAUUAUUUUGGUUUAGUAAAUUUCGGUAAUACUUGUUAUAGUAAUUCGGUUCUUCAAGCUCUAUACUUCUGCAAACCCUUUAGAGAUAGAGUUUUAGAGUACAAAGCGAAAAAUAAAAGGACAAAAGAAACUUUGCUUACAUGUCUUGCAGAUUUGUUCCACAGCAUUGCUACGCAAAAAAAGAAAGUAGGCUCUAUUGCACCAAAAAAAUUUAUAGCAAGGCUACGAAAAGAAAAAGAGGAGUUUGAUAACUACAUGCAACAGGAUGCACAUGAAUUUUUAAAUUUUUUAAUCAAUCACAUUAGUGAAAUAAUUCUGGCUGAAAGACAACAAAACUCAACCACAAACAACAUUAAAUCAAAAGCAACGGGAGAGAAUGGAACUGCACAUACAACUCCUGAACCCACUUGGGUGCAUGAGAUUUUUCAGGGUAUAUUGACGAGUGAAACUAGGUGUUUGAAUUGUGAAAAUGUGAGCAGUAAAGAUGAAGACUUUUUUGAUUUACAAGUGGACAUCGAACAGAACACUAGUAUAACUCAUUGUUUGAGGUGUUUUAGUAAUACAGAGACACUGUGUAGCGAUAAUAAAUUUAAGUGUGAUAACUGCAGUAGUUACCAGGAAGCCCAAAAACGAAUGAGGGUGAAGAAACUGCCGAUGAUUCUUGCAUUGCAUCUGAAGAGGUUCAAGUACAUGGAGCAGUACAACAGGCACAUUAAGGUCUCACACCGAGUUGUGUUUCCUCUAGAACUGCGACUUUUCAAUACAUCGGACGAUGCAGUUAAUCCCGACCGAUUAUACGAUUUAGUAGCUGUUGUGAUACAUUGUGGAAGCGGGCCUAACAGAGGCCACUACAUCAGUAUAGUCAAAAGUCACGGUUUUUGGCUGCUGUUUGACGACGACCAAGUUGACAAAAUAGACGCUUCAACAAUAGAAGAUUUCUACGGCCUCACGUCUGAUACUCAAAAGUCUUCAGAAACAGGCUACAUCCUUUUUUACCAGUCACGAGAGAGUUUAUGAACUCUGCUGCUCCUUGCCUUAAUCAUUGAGAGGAUUUAAUUCAAGUACAAAGUCACCUCUCAUUGCAUUGGGACUGGUAAAGUUAAUGAAAAAAGUCUGUAAAUAUGAUUUGAAACUGAAAAUUGUUGGAUUUAUAUUUUAUUUAUUACAUAUUAUAAAGUUUCCGGCCGUACUUUUCUCUUCAAAUUCUUAGGCGAUUUACCCGUACUUUUGCAGAAGAAUCGACGUUAAUUUUGUUGUUCUGUUGCAAUGUUAAAGACAAACAAGUUUUACUUUUAUUGUGGUGGAACAGCAUAGGAAUAAUUGACUGUAUGGUGAAUUUUACUUGUUUACUUAAUUUGUUUUUUACUUUAUAUUUAUUCCAAUUAGCAAUAAUAUUUAGAUGGUAACAAAACCGUGCAUCUAAUUUAGAAAGUAUUGUCCCCUACACGGUAAAAAAGUAAAAUUCACUUUCUUUAUUUUGUUAACAAAUACUAUACAACUUUUAAAUAUUAUAUGAGAAACUAGAAUACUGUAUAAAUGCUGCUAAGCAGAUUUUAUUUUUAUUCUGUAAAUAUUCGUUAGAUAUAAAUAUAUUUGAAAAAAUGCA